AUGUUUGAUACAAUCUGCUCUAAUUGUCCCCAAUAUGAAAAGGGGGUUUUUCCUGAUGAUGAAGAGGCGGACAAAUACGCCAAACUGGCCUCGGAAGGUCACCACAACGAUAGUCCAGUCAACCGCCUGCCACGUUACCUCCGUCAUUGCACCCUCCCCCUCAGCAUAUCGGCUCUUAAGGAACUGCAGGGCAAGACCACUGCCGAACGUUGGAAGCUCCUCUGGAACACCUCUCCCCGCUCCCGCCACAUCAAUCGCCUCGGCCCCAACAUCCUCAAACGCUCAUUCAUCAAACUGUCCACCAACUUCCCGAAACGACUCACCAGCAUGUACAUAUUCCUGCACACAGGACACGCACCGCUUAAGAAGUACCUGCACCGCAUUCGAAAGUCAGCCAUCCAUCAUUACCUACUGGUUUGUCCGCAAUACCAACGGGAGCGCCAUAUCCUAGCCACAGCCCUAGGUCGAAGAGCUUCGUCCAUUCAGUUCCUCCUCUCGGAGUCCGAAGCUACCCAUUCCCUCGUCGAAUUCAUCAAUGCUACAGGAAGAUUGAGAGCCACUCUCAGUGAAGUCCCUACCCCACGCAUCUUGUCAGACUAA